UCGGCUCCGCCGCCGCUGCCGCUUGUAGCGGCGGGCGGCCGCUCGAGAGCGAGGUCAUGCUGGACAAAGACAGGAUAUCCUACUUCUACGAUGGGGAUGUUGGCAAUGUGUAUUUCGGGCCAAAUCACCCGAUGAAACCGCAUCGUCUUUGUAUGACACAUCAUCUUGUGCUUUCAUAUGAUCUUCACAAGAAGAUGGAGAUAUAUAGACCCCACAAAGCAUAUCCAACAGAGCUCGCCCAGUUCCAUUCUGCUGAUUAUGUGGAAUUCUUGCACCGGAUAACUCCUGAUACUCAGCACUUGUAUGCAAGUGAAUUAACUAGAUUCAAUCUUGGAGAGGACUGCCCGGUCUUUGAUGAUUUAUUUGAGUUCUGCCAAAUCUAUGCUGGAGGAACUCUAGAUGCGGCUCGAAGAUUGAAUCAUAAAUUAUGUGAUAUUGCCAUUAAUUGGGCUGGUGGGCUGCAUCAUGCAAAGAAGUGUGAGGCGUCAGGCUUCUGCUACAUUAAUGAUCUGGUUUUGGGGAUUCUGGAGCUUCUCAAGUAUCAUGCUAGGGUUCUCUAUAUUGACAUUGAUGUUCAUCAUGGAGAUGGAGUUGAAGAAGCCUUCUAUUUCACUGACAGGGUAAUGACUGUAAGUUUCCACAAGUAUGGUGAUCUGUUCUUUCCUGGCACUGGUGAUAUUAAGGAUAUAGGAGACAGGGAAGGAAAAUAUUACGCCAUCAACAUCCCACUUAAAGAUGGCAUAGAUGACAACAGCUUUACUCGGCUCUUCAAAACGAUUAUUGCCAAGGUUGUUGAGACUUAUCUGCCAGGUGCUAUUGUUCUUCAAUGUGGGGCUGAUUCAUUGGCACGAGACCGUCUAGGGUGUUUCAAUCUUUCAAUUGAAGGCCAUGCUGAAUGUGUGAAGUUUGUCAAGAAAUUUAAAAUCCCCCUGCUGGUGACGGGAGGUGGUGGAUACACCAAAGAGAAUGUAGCACGCUGUUGGGCUGUUGAAACUGGAGUCCUUCUAGACACAGAGCUCCCAAAUGACAUCCCCGACAAUGAAUAUAUUAAAUACUUUGGUCCAGACUAUACAUUGAAAGUACCAAAUCUCAGCAUGGACAACUUGAAUAGUAAGAGCUAUCUGAGUUCAAUCAAAGUGCAAGUGAUGGAGAGUUUGCGGGCCAUACAGCAUGCACCUGGAGUUCAGAUGCAAGAGGUUCCACCUGAUUUCUAUGUCCCCGACUUUGAUGAAGAUGAGCUGGAUCCUGAUGAACGUGUUGACCAGCAUACCCAAGACAAGCAGAUUCACCGCGACGACGAGUACUACGAAGGUGACAACGACAAUGAUCAUGACGAUGGUGCACAUUGAAACCGCCCUCUUUGCCUACUGCUGAUGUUGUUCAGUUCAAGAAUCUGGGGGUGGAAAUAGUUUGUCGAUUGGCAUUUUAGAAUCUAACGCUAGGGCCCGAAAGCAUGCCCGGAGAAUAUAGUUUGACCGGACAGUGCAUUUAAUAUGUUGUAAAAUUUUAAUUCAAAUCUGGUACGCAUUUGGCAGGUACUGUCAUUUUUAGCCUUGUACACUGUUCUAGUGUCUUUUCAGUUUAACCUCUUGAGUGACU